AUGAGUUGGUUUGCUUGGAGAAAAUCGCGGCAUCUGGUAAGCAAAAAAAAAAAAAACAGAUAAACAAACAAACAAACAAAACAGGGUAUAUUUUAUAAUCAAAACAUUAAGAUUAUUUGUAAAUUCCUGGUUUGAUAUGGAAGCAGCCUUUUUGCAUUUAAAAUGAUAAAUAGAGACUCAAGUGCCAUCGACCUUGAUUACCGUAUUAUUUUAUUCGAAUAAAACAGCUGAAUAAAACGCCCCGGCGUUUAUUAAAUUUUUAGCGUUUCCAAUGCGGCGUCUAUUCAAGGGCGCUGUUUAUUCGAAGGCGGCGUUUAUUUCGAAAUCACUUUUUUUAAAUCACUGACAACAGUCAUUGUAAAUCGUUUGUAAAUAUUAUGUAAUUUCGGGCGCGGAUCCAUACCGGUUUCCACCGUUUUACGGAAAUCGGUCAGAUAUUUCAUAAUAGAUAUAUUUUUAGUAAAAACUUUAAACCUUCCAAGUUGAAAUCUGGAAAAUAGUUUGGAGAGUCAGUAAAUAUCCUGUCUGAAUGGCUCAGAAACCCAGGAAAGGGGACUUUGGGGAGUUAAAAUCCAAAACAUUACCCUGGGGAACAUUCCCCCAGACCUCCCUAGAAUAGGAAAUCGGUCCGUAUUUAUUCUAGAUCCGCACCUGAAUUUAAAGGUUUCACUGUAUCCCUUAUUUUGCUGAGAUAGAAUCGCAAAUGUCUGGAUGGUUGUACCGAGGUUUUUCUUAUUAUCCUUGAGUGAACGCUGCAUUUUUCUGUUUAGGUGCGGCGUUUAUUCGAGGGUCGCGUUUAUUGGUUAUUUUGCUUCCAUCUGCAGCGUUUGAUCGAGGGCGGCAUUUAUUCGAGGGUGACGUUUAAUGGAAUAAAUACGGUACUGACUUGCUGGAUAUUAGAAACUUCUAGGCUUAUAAAGUAUCUCUAUAUGUUGGUUCUUGAUGUACAGAACCCAACGUUUGUUUUAUCAUUUGUCUUUCCUAGUGUUUGCGAUCAUAUCAAAUUCUGUUAAGACCUCUUCAGAUUCAAGCUGAAUCUGAAGGGGAAAAGAAGCUUGCUGGAAUUUUAAGGCAAAAAUUUGGUGCCUCUCAUAUUGCUGUCAAGGAUGUUUCAGGUCAGUUUUUUUUGAAAAUCAAUGGAUUAUUGUGCUAAUUUUAUCCUUAAUACCCGUCACCUGGUCUGUGGGUAGGAAAGGUGUGCAUGGAUGAUGGAGUGGUGCGUGCCCCCUUCCACCUCCACCUUCCCCCCACGCUAAGGAUUGUGACGGUGUGACUGCACAGAACCAAGCUAGUAACCUUUCAUGGGGUGUGGAAACCUAUGGUAUGAUUUCUUAUAAGGGAGGGGUGGCUUAUUAACUUUCUUCCCCUCGAAAGGGGCAGGGGGCAGGGCUUAUUGGAGAGAAGGGGGCAUAUUUGAGAAGAAGGGCUUAAUACAGGAUUUACGGUAUUAGGCAGAGUAUGCGCUCUGAGUAUUAGGCAUACAUGUUUGACUCACAUUCAUUUUCUCUCCCGCCUCAGUAGCUAUUUCCGGACAUCCUAGUGAGGUUUUUUUGUUUUGUUUUAAGCUCCCUUUUCUGACCCUGUCCCCUUGGGUAUUCCAGUCAAAUCUCAGACUUUCCUUUAAAAGAAAUAGCCUUUAAGAUCCCUUCUCCCUCAGAAUUUCUAAUUAUGACCCUUCAUGGCCUGGGGUGAGUGUGGGUAUUUUCUGAAAACACACAAUGUGGCUAUGCAGAAAUGCUACACAGAUACUUUCUGUGGUCCUUAAGUAAUAUUCAGUAAGGGCAAUAAAUGAGUGAAAUUAUCAUUCAUUUAUACCGAACAGAGAUAAAUGAGUUGUUUUUGGUCCAUCAGUGUUUUUUUCAGUUUGUGGAGACUUGAUUAUUUUUCAGCAUUUUCUCGGAGAAACAUAUACAUGCGCCUAAAACUCUACAGGUACCCAUGGAGUCUUGUGCUUCUGGUAUUUGUAGAAAAACACCCACCCACACACAAAAAACACCUACAGACCUGUUUGCACAACAUCUUAAACUGUAGGCAGCAGUUGCCACCUCCUAUUUGAACUAAUGAAAGAGUUGAUAAACCUUUGAUUAAGCUGAAAUUGCUUGUUCCAAUUUCAGGGGGUUGUGGAGCAAUGUAUGAAAUAUUUAUUGAAUCUGAAGAGUUCAGAGGGAAAAGACAGGUUCAACAACAUCGACUCGUCAAUCAAGUAAGCUAACAUCAUCGUCAUGAUGAGGCAAAUUCAGUGUCCAAGUAGUAAUAAUUCUCAUACAUGUAAUACAGAUAGUUGAAUCAACGUAUUCAUUUAAUACAUGUACUUUUUUUUCUUUUUAGGCUCUUGCCAAUGAAGUGAAACAAAUGCAUGGAUUAAGGAUCUUCACAGCAGUUCCUGGAGAAAACAAAAGCUAGUAAACCAUCUUCAAGUUCAAACAAAGCACACAAUAUGCUUAUUAAAACAUACAUCAAACAGUGCCACAGACUGGAGAGAUCUGAAUAUUGCAGCAUCUCCAAGUGCACUACUCCCUUUUUUCAAGUUUGUCCAUUAUUUGGUGUGUACAGACACAACUUGUGAGAAUCUUUGGAACGCAUUGAAGUCAACAUUGUUUUCUUAGUUUUCUCAAAAGACAAUUUUAUUCAUUUAAGAAGUAGUAAAAUGAUACCAAGGAUGUACAUCAAUGCUAUUGACAACUAAGGAAGCUAAUUCUACGUCUAUCUGAAGUUAAUGUG